AGAGACCAUGCAUGGGUGCACCAGACCACUAGGCACUGGCACUCACAUACAUUCUCCAGCUGCAUACUUCACACUGUACUCAGCGCGUGCCAUGGCAACCUGCAGGAGCCUUCUCAUGGUCCCGGUCACUCUCUGCUUCUUCCUCCUCGUGCUCCCAGCACAGAGCAAGGAGAACCUUGCCGUCGUCAUCUUCUACGGCACAGCCCGAUGCAAGAGCAACCCCUCCAAGAUCAUCAGCAAUGCAACCCUGCAUGUGACCAUCAAUGGCACCACCCUCGCCACCGGCAAAACGACGAGCAUGGGCCGGUUCUUGAUGGCGGCGAGGGUGACCUCAAAAGAUCAGCUCAGCUCCCUGGUGAGCAAAAAGGCGGUCAUCACCGCUCCUCGACAGGCGUGCGGCAUGCCUGCAGCGUCCGUCGCUGCGAGGAAGCUGGCUGCACAGGCGGACCUGAAUGGCCACAGGAUUCUCGCCGACAAUUCUGGCGACUUGGUUGAUGAUGAUGAUAUCCGGGAGAUAAUUGAUCUGCUCGGUGACCCUACAGUCCCCGAUCCUAUACAAAGACUCAUUGAUGAUAUCUUGAGUUCGGGUGAGACUAGUGCAGGCUAUAUGGACAAUAUCACCGUCUUCACUGAUCAGGUGCCAGUGCCGGAGGUUGCUGCCUUCUGGAAUUUCAUUGAGAACAGUGGAUUGGACGCCUCUGUUUUCGUGGACGUCCUCAACAACUUCGUGGGCAUACCCAAUAUUGAGAGGAAUAUUUAAGGCAUUGUUUGGAUAAAUCAAUCUUAAUACACAUAGAUUGAGAUGGAGAAUAAACACUACCACAUAAUGAGUUAUCCCAUAUGGCACUAUCACCAACGAUUUUAGGUAAACUGGCUGUAAUAUGUAUCAUCGCCGGUUCUAAAAUAAAUGGGGUUGUGGGAUGUUA